AUGGGUCAACCAUCCACAGAGUGGAUAAAUUGGGGGAGUGAAAAUGAAUGGGUGGAACGUGAUACUUCCAUCUCCGCCGCGAUGUCCAGUAAUUGGCGAUUGCGAAUAGUACGAAUUGCCUCUUUAGUUUUUACACUCGCUGCAUUCACUCUCUUCGUACUUGGACUAAGUAACAAUAGUCGACUCAUAGUGGGAGUAGACGGUUGGGACGAAGUAUUCGCAGUAAUUGGUUCAUAUUGGUUUGUUCCUGCUGCGAUAGCUGUGUACCAUUUCUCUUCCCAUUUGUCGUUUUUCACGCAGGAGACUGAAACCAGGUUGUCAUUCUACAUUCUACAAACCCUACUUCUCUUGGCAUACUUAGUACAACAAGGUCUCUUCAUGGCUUACCUCGUAACUCAUGUCGGUAGACUUUGCUGGAUUUUUAUUGUACCUGAUUUCAUAGUCGCUUCUAUGAUGAUGACGACAUUUCAACGAAUAUUGUUUGUACGACAGUGGCCUAUGAUCUACAUUUUGACUCAAGCAGGAAAAUUGGCAACAUUAUGGCCACAGAUGAAUGAUAAAUUGGCCAAUUCCACACGAUUAGGACCUGAUGGCCUCCUUGGGACUCUGAUGCUCACAAUAUUAAUUGUGCAACUUCCAGUGCUUAUCUCACGUCUUCAUGCAGGUACAUCAUUGACAAAGGCAUAUACCACCAAUAUGGCAGCCGUGUUCGCCCAUGUGCUACACUUUAUGGAUGUGCUAGAGCUCUAUUUUACCGUAUUGGAACUGCAGGACAUUACCAGCGAUGUGCAGCAGCUUGUUCUAUUCUUUGCAGUGAUGGGGCACAUCACGUGUAAUAUGUACUAUGCCGUACUCUUUUUGAAAGAUGAAGCCACGCUAGAAUUUUUACGUCGCUUUGAAGGACCAAAUCAGGGUGGGACGGACUUGAUUGGCAUCACCGAGCCUGCAAAGGACGAUGAGUUAUUGCAUUACUUUCUUUGGACCUUUUUCUUUAUCGAUCUUCCAUAUGCAGUGUUGCGUCUUGUAGAGCUCGCAGUUAACGGGAAAGAUGUCUCAGUAUUUUUUGGAAAGAACUUUAUGAUGAUUGUAGGUGUUGUGAUGUUGCUGUUACGAGGAAAGGGAUCAUAA